AUGGGUAUCCACAUGCCACAGCAUUUCUCCGUUGAGGGUAUAGAGAUGGAGAGACCGUGGAGACUUCGUGCGUCAUCGCGACGACGGACCAUCCGCCCGCAGGCCGAGUCCCCGCGGCGCGCGCCCCACGUGGUGCGCGAGCUGCUGCGCUGCGCCGAGCGCGCGGCGGCGCGCGCCCGCUGCCCGCUGGCGGCCGCGCGCGCGCUGUCGGCGCCGGCCUCCUUCCAGCCGCUCGCGCGCGCCAUGCGCCUCGACCUGGCCCGCGUGCACGGGAUCUGGACCCGUUACUACGACCAAGCUGUUCACAAAUUAAUGGCCUUGAUUAAUGUAGGUGACUGCUCGGAAAGACUCGAUACGUUAAAACGUUUCACGUUGCAAGAUUGGCGCGUUAUAGACGUCAGCCUACUUUAUGAUGUCCGCCUGCGGAUAGUUCGAGAGCAAUAUUUUUACAACGCUGUGACUUUGUAUCCCAUGAUCCUGCUCUUCAAAUUAAUGAUUGCGGCUAAAGAAAAAAUUGACCAAAGAAAUGCAGCUAAGUUAAAAUCAAACGAGUCCCACACUGGGUGCCAAAAAGAAAAAAGUGGCGCCCGAACCGAGACCGAAGGAUCGAAUACUGGUAAUAAUAAGGAAACGAAUGUUACAUCAUCAUGUAGAAAAGAUUCCGACAAUAAUGUAUCAACAUCCCAAGCACAGCAUACGCGUGAGCUCAGUGAAGACGAAUUAUCGACACAUAAAGAAAAAUUAGAGAAAAAAGCUCGCAAUGAGUACGAAACCGCGGAGAUAUGGGCAUUAGUGCACUCGAAAUACACGAAUUGUGGUCGAUCUGCGUCAGCGGUGUUGCUGCAAAAGCGUUGGUACGAGAUAAAGCAGCAGACCCGCGCGCUGCUGUGCGGGGCGACGCCGGUGCCGCUGCUGCUGGCCAUGGGCAAGAGGUUUCCGUUUAUUUUGACCGAGACGUUGCCCUCUUGGAAGGAACUCGUGGGGACUGAUCAAGUGUUCCUGGACUGUGAUUUAGAAUCUUAUAAAUUUGAACUAUUUAAUACAGACUUGGAGGUACCUGACAUUGAUGAAAAUAUAUUGUUCGAUGAAAUUAACGAUUGGAGUGAUGACGAAGUCGAAAUAAUUAAUGAGAAUAGAGAAGUUAUAACAGUGUCCGACUCUGACGACGAACAGAUAAACGUUACAAAUAGAAAACCAAAUAUAGCUGACUUGCCAAGUGAUAACCAUAUAGAUAGGGAAGAAGCAAGUUUAGAAAUAGAUAAAAUAACUACUAGAAUAGAAGAAAGUGACAUUAGUAUUAAAACAAUAGAAAGUUUAGAUCCAACGAGCGCUAAAGUUAAAAUAAUUUUCGAAGAUGACUCAGAUUACGAUGUCAAUGAAUAUCUGAAUUGUCAUGAAGAUAUUAAGAAUAUAACGUUAGCUUUGAAUAGUGAUGUACAUAAUAUAAAAGCUCAAUAUAGUCAGGAAACUGAACAAAAUACUUCAAACAAUACAAGAACCAAAGACAAGGGCGCGGGCCCUUCAAGUGAAUGUGAAAAAUCGAAUAUUAUUAGCAAUGAUAAAAUCGAAACGAAGACUGUAAAAGAUGAAAAACUAAAUUAUUUGCUUAAUACAAUUCCUACAGAUGAACUUAACACUGCAUCACACAAAGAUAACAUUACCAUAAAAACUGAAACUAUCGAAAAGUUAGAUGACACUGAUACACAAUCAGAAGCUAUUGUUGAAAAUAACGACACAAUAAUUAAGAAUGAGAAAACUGUCGAGAAUAAUUUAUUAAUUGAUGAUAUAUCGGACAGUCAUGUUGAAGACACUGGCCGUGUUAACGACGUAACUAGCUUGAUUGUUAAAGAAUCUGAAGAAGAUGAAAUUGAGUCUCUAGAUGGUUCUGUUAAAUGUGAAAUUGAUGAUGAUGACUCUACAUUCGUUGACGAGAAACUUUUAAAAUUAUCUCAAGUGGUAUUAACGCCGCUCGAAGAAAUAGACGUUUGGAGAAAAUUGUCGAAGUUCGAUACCAUAAACUGCAGACGAUUCAGCGUCAGAAAUUUUUCCAAAGUUAUAAAUGUAACAUCGAAGCAAUUAGCGAAAUGCCGGCCUUAUGUUCCUCCGCACCGAGCCUCUAGAAACGGUAUCUCGAGACAGAAGAACUUGGAAUUAAAUCAAAUGCCGAAAAGUUUGAAACAUAAGCGAAGAUUUCUGACCAAACGCUUGAAGUUGCCUCGGACAUAUUUCUCGCUUGAAUUUUGGAAUGAGAGGAACGUUGGAUUGCUGGAAUCGUGUAAGCCCGUGCUCGUCAGAUUGGAAAGGGUGUCGAGGGUCGUGAAGAAGGUCGAGCUGGCUAGUAUCGAUGAAGUUCGGCGAAUCAACAGGACGAUUUUGACGGCUCAAGUCGCUCCAAUAACCGUCGGGAGCAAUCGCACGAUUGUUAUCGAUUCCACUAAACUCCAAGCACCGAUAUCAGAAUCACAGGUUCAACCCACGAAUAUUUCUAUCAAUAAUCAAGAGUCGACUGACGUAACAACUAAAACCCCCGCAUACUAUGUAAAUCUACCCAGCGAAACUGAAGUGAAAGAAAUGAUAAAGAAAAUUGUGAGGAGAGGCGGAUUGGCUAAAUUACCAGAUCCAGUUAUCGUUUUGCCCGCGAAGAACGACAUCGACUUUGGAAACAAACAGAGAAGGCUGGACAGAGACAUACGAGAAAUGAGCACGAGGCUGCUGAAGCAACAUGAAAGUAAAGGAAAUAAGAAAAAAGAGACGAAACAAUCUCUAUUCAAGAAAGAGCUCAAGCUCGAUCCGAACAUAAACUGUUCUCAAGAGUGGCAGCGGCAGAAGUCCCAAAAUCUAAUAUAUUUCAACUUAAGACCCAAAGCUGACGAAACAGAUCAAAAAGAAAUUCAAACUCAAACAAAUAAAAAUGUGAAGAAAAAGCGUAAAAAACCUAAGAAACCCAAAGAAAAAACAGAAGAAAUUAUUAAAAAAGAAGCAAGUGUAAUUCAAAGUGAAAACUUCAAUGUCAUAAUCAAACUAAAAGAUGAAACUGUGAGUGACGUAACUAACGUCACCAAAGAUUUAGAAAAUAAUUUCUCGACAGUCACGUGUGUGAGUUCUCGUAAAUCAUCCGAAAGUGACAGUGAAAUGGGUAGACUAGUAAUUAACCUAGAUACAACAACAGAUCAAGAUUUAAAAAGGAAAUCUUUGGACACGCCACCAGAUACUCUAUGUAAAAUUACAAAAGUCGAAUCUAAGGCUGAUAUUGAGACCGAGACUACGUCAACAAUUGCAUCUGACUGCGUGAUUGAUCUGUGCGAUGACAGCAAUGAUAAAUUAGAAAUAAACGCACUUGCGAAUGUUCCUCGUGAUGGCAUUAAAGUACACGACCAAGAAACACAGAACAAUGAAAGUGUACCGCAAAUAAAAAUAAAAAUAGUUCAAAAUACCAUAGAAAUUAAUGGCGACUGUGACAGCAAAGUACCAGAGGACAAGAACGGAGAAAUACUAACAUUCCUAUCGAAAGUCGCCGGGAGAAUACAAGCGAAAAACAAAACAGCGGUGUCGACCCCGACUCCACUUACAAAUAACUCGACCGUGUAUUACGUUAUAAAAUCCGUCGACAAGGACCAACAGUCGAAUGAAGCGACAGAUCUUAAAACACCAAACGCAAUCACAGAAACAAGCUGUAACAGAAACACUAACAUCCAACCAUUGAACGUAAACACGGAUGUGCCGAAUGAUGCGAAUGUCUCGAUCCCUGCGAAUUCCUCCUCGCUGUACUAUGUAGUGAAGAUACCGGAUCUUCAAGGGGGAGGGACUUCCGUCAUACCGGAAUCACUGAACCCCCCAAUGCCUAUAAUACAAAGCGUAUCCUCUCUAAAUCAAAUACCUCAACGAAACCAAAAAUUUACAUUUCCACCCAAUUUGCGGACGUAUCCUCAAAAUUUGGGAGACGAAAUCGACAUUAACUAUGAGACACAUAUGUCAAGCACUUCAAUGCCAAUGCGAAGAAACAACUCUGUGCCAAUGCCAAUAACGUCCGUAACGGCUUUGCCAAGCCAGAACGAUUUGAAAACAGAAUCUUCUAAUAUGCCAUGGCCGAACACGAAUCAUCCAGCGACAAUGGUCAGUCAGAAAAUUUACCCCGUCACUGUGACGAGUGGUAAUUCUAGAAGCGAGACCGCAAAAGAAGAAAUUGAAGGUGGUAUUCAAGUGAUACCAAUCUGGAACGUUCCCGAGACGAAUUUUAUGCCCAAGGUAGCGCCAAAGCUAUCCACCAGCACUCAAGCAAACGAUUUGUUCUCUGUGAUGAAACAAGCCAAGACAUCUCCGCUUAAACGAGUAUAUGGAGCGAGUAAAAAACGCGCGCCGAUAAAUGCGGACAAAUCUCUCAGUGACGAAGUGUGUAUCGUUAAAGAAGAAUUUCCACUCGAUAUUGUAGAGAAUGGAGUUGGUUUACCUUCAAGUAAUGCUGCUCCACCUGACAAUUCUCUAAAACUAAGUAAUGUGAUUAAGCGAACAGCCAGUGACGAUGAGUCAAAUUUUGAUUAUAUUGUAAAACUAAAACCAUCGAAGAACAAUCCAAUAAAUUUAGGACAGUCUAGUUGUCAAGACAACGCAGAGCCUUCGAUGCUAACUAUAAUUAGAGAGAAAAAACGUAAAACAGGUUGCGAGCGUGUCAGAGCAUUUAGAGCGCGUCAAAGAGCCUUAAAAGCCUUAGCCGAUCGAAAUAAAAAAAUAAUCAUUGCGAAAACAUCUACAGAACGCAGUAGGGCGUUUAGAGCGCGUCAAAAAGCCAAGCAAUCUGUCGAUGGUAGUCAAAGUACAAAUAAAACUUCAACCGACGAGUCUGAUAACGACGCUUUUAACAAACCACUUCAAGAUAAAAAUAUUUUAAAAUCGCCAUCAGAAACUAGUAGAGAAUAUAAUGCAUGUCAAACGACCUUAAAUAUCAAUCACAAUGAAGUGAUAAAUAAAAGUUCGUCCGAAUCGGAAGACGUGAAAACUGAAAUUACUGAUCAAGAAACAAGUUCUUACCUAUCUGAUGCAUCGAACGAUGUAUCCGUAAAGGAUGAGCCUAUCUUUUACGGAUCAGAAUGAACCUCAAGUAAA